AUGAACUUCACUGUGACAUUUCUGCUGAUUACCUUAACAUUCGGUUUACUUAACACAGUAAACACAAAAAGCCUAAAGCCAACGAGUAAGAUCGUGGGCGGUCACGAAGCGCGGCCUCACAGCCACCCUUACCUGGUGUCACUGCAGAGCAGGUUCUUCUGGGUGCGAGUCCACAUCUGUGGUGGAGCCAUACUCAAUGAAAGAUGGAUUUUAUCAGCCGCCCACUGCGCUAUUGAGUCUUUCAUGAUACGAUGGCUUCCGCUAGAUGUCGUGGCAGGCAUUCACGAUGUCAAUAAUUAUGGAGAGCGGGCACAGAUUAUCAAGGUCAACGAACGUAUACCUCAUCCUUUGUAUGAAGGUGGUAUCGGGCCAUAUGACAUAGCCGUGUUCGGCACAGAAACUCGAAUUAAGUUCACAAAGUACAUUCAACCAGUAAAUCUGCCGUAUAAUUAUAAAUUUCGUGGUGGAUAUACAUUGAAGUUACCAGGUUGGGGAGCACUGAAAACCACAUUUUUCUUCCCUGACUUGCCAAGCAGAUUGCAAGAAGUGCAAGUAUCUCACAUCCCGUAUAACGAUUGCUAUGCAGCCAUUGAAAAACUAAAAGAAGACAAUGAAGAAAAUCCACUAGACAGAGAUGCAAAUAUAUGCACAGGACCAACAAGUGGAGGAAUAGCAGCCUGCAGUGGAGACUCAGGUGGACCUCUCAUACAGUAUGUUCCAUAUAGCAUUCUGGAACCAAAUGAUUCUGUAGAGGAUAAUACAGAACGAUAUAAUGCAAGUUACUAUGACUGUAACAAUGAACAAACCACUGAACCAGUAGAAGAAACUACAAGAACAGAUGACGCUAGUCCACAGGGAAGACAGAAUACAGAAGAUUUGGUUCCAACUGUUAUAGGCGUUGUGUCCUGGGGUGUGGCUCCCUGUGGGCAAAAAGGUGCACCAACUAUUUACACUAACGUAUCCACCUAUAUAGAUUUCAUCAAUUACAAUAUCAAGGAAAUGUAAUAAAAGCAUUUCUUUAAUUUUUAUUUUCUUUAAUUCCAC